AUGUCUGAAUCCUUGCUUGAUAUGCGCCGAGCUGAUAAGGAGGCCAAGCGGGCUCACGACCACAAGGCGAAAUGGGCUUACGGUACUCGACGUGCUCGUCACAUCCCUGAGCCCCUCUCGUCCACCCUUCCUUUCACUCGCCCGGCGAUGCCUAUUACUCAUAGCAUGAACUUCACACGUGCCCUGCAGUUCAAUCGCAAGAGCCAAACCAACCACCUGGCCAGCGAUGCCAAGAUAGCCCUCCGUGCCGAUGUCCGGGAAGCCCUCGAGAGUGGUCCGUCCGACUCAUCUGGGGAUGAUGUCGACGCUCCCGGGUCGAUCAGUAAGGCUCAGGAGGAGCUCGAGGACAAGGACGGCAGCCUGCACGAUUAUGACAUCUCAGGGCAGACUAUACUCUCGGACGCUGUCAGCAAGGCGAUUGAGAAAUUUGAAGUCAAGGAGACAGAAAAGAUCAUCAAGACGUAUGAGAUAAUUUCUCGCGAGAGCGAGACGGCCAUCGGUUAUCUGGCUGACGAUGAUGACUUUGAAAUGGUGGACCACAUCCAUGUCUGA